CUAACCCUAAUUUAAGACCAAAGAGCUAAUUGGUUGUUUUCAUGGAUUGUUACGAUAUAGUCAAUUCUGACUUUGUGACUGCUGUCUAGUGGAAACCGUACAUCAGCAUAGUUGCGUCUCCAGGACGACAAACAAUUACAAAACGAACGGAUAUGCUUGUUUGUAUCCAGCAACCAACACCUGUCGCCGAUAUCCUUGAACCGGACUGUUUCAGUGCUUUCAAAGAAGACCAUAUCGGUAAUUUUCGGGAGGGAUAUAUUUGUUUAGGAAUGUAUCGGUGGGCAACGACAGUGAUUGAUCAAUAACCAUUCAACAUUAGCUCAGAAGUUCAAAGAAGCUAGCUAGCGCGCUGCUGCAAGCAGUGCUGGCUGCCAAACAACAUAGCUAACUACAUAAUCACGAUUCAUGUGUUAACUUGUUUAUAUUCAACAACUCCUUCAAAACGAAAGAUGUUUAAUUUUUUAGGGUAGUCAUAUGGCGAUUGCAGCUGCAAAAUAAGUUGAUACAUUGUUGCCUUGAAUCAUCUGUUUUCAGAACAUUCAUGAUCAAGUGUUUCCUUGCAGAAUGUCUACUUGUGGCUGACUUACUUUGUAAUUACCAAAAAGGAAUGAGAAACAUUGCAUAAGAGUUCGCUAUCUAAACAAAGAAUUAGGAUGAACAUCACGGAAGUGGAGGAUCAUAUUUCCAUGAAAUACGAAAUAAAGAGAAGACUUGGAAAGGGGGUAAGUAAUUUUGUCUGUCCCAGUUUUUAUAGUUCCUGAAAAAGUAUUAUUUGUUGUAAAAAAAAAAUAAUAAUCUGACAAUAGUAAUGUGAAAGUAAAACUAAUGAAUGACAGCUGUAUUGCACACUCACUUGUCAAACAAUAAUAGCAAAUAAAUACAAAGAGCAAGUGGUUGUGUGUCAAAUUGUAUUGAUUUUGAUCUACGUGAUUAGUACUGUCUAAAGAGAAAAAUAAGUCGCUUUUGUAAUCCAUUUUAUUCUAUAUGAAUAGUCAUUGAAUUACUCUCAAUUACACACAUUGCUACUUUUCACAUUUACCUCCCCAGUCAUUCCUUUAAGAACAAUUCUUAAAAUUCCCCAGAAUUAGUCUCUGUGAAUACUGAUGUCAUAAGCUGGAGGAUUGAAACAAGCCGUUUCUUUCAGCCAGGUCAGCAGACUUUGAUACUAGGGAAAGAGAAAAAUCACUGACUUCAGAGUCCAAAUCUUUUGUUUAGUUUUUCCCUAGACGUAGAAGACCUGUUUUCUUUUCCUUGACAAACCAAGAAGAGUCUCAAUGUUUUAGAUCUAGCCUCCCUGAUGCUUAUUAUAUCUCUGAACUGUAUAGUGGCAGGUGGCAAACCUGGGACACUGUUGAGUAAUGUAGAUGCGUCACUCAAUACUACCUAUAAUCUUCCCAUGAUGAGGCCAUGGGUCCUAUUACACAGGUGUUAAUGAAACCGACAUCAGUGUGCUGCUCACAGUACAUCUUCCUCCACUGUCCCUGACCAGGCUCGAACCAGUGAUCGUUUUCUCGCAAACACAAGUGACCGUCCUCCUUGACAACGUACCAACCGUUUUAGCUGUACGAAUGCCACCAAUUGGAUAGCUCCAUCGGCGACAUUUCUAGCUUGCUGUGGAGUGAGUUUACGGCACGUUCUUAACUCCAUUACACUCACCGCUUCUGAACUCGCGACACAGCGAGCUACCCCGGCCAUUGAGGUAAUUCCAACUGCCGAUCCGGGUCACGGCACCAGUGACACCUACGUCAGUGUGCUGCUCACAGUAUAGCUUCCUGCACUGUCCCCAUACCGGGCUCGAACCAUUGAUCCUCCUGCUCUCAAACCCACGUGACCGUCCUCCUUGACAACGUACCAACCGUUUGAGUUAUACAACAGGUGCCAAUUGGACAGCUUCAUCUGCAACAUUUCAAGCUAGCUGUGGAGUGAGCUUUCGCCACGUUUACAGUUCAAAUUUACCCAAGGAAAUAAAACAAAUGGUGUGGGGUUGUUGGGCACUAUUCCUAGGUUACAAUACCAAGAGUACCAUCAUAAGAUCCAAGACAGUAAUUUGUCAAAAACGGAUCCUUCCCCCAAAAGUCUUCCUUUGAAUACCCCUAUUUCCCCAGUUUUCAGUCUUUCUGACAGGAUUAAAGUAAGCCUUGCUAUGCUCGUUUAGCAGGAAGUCACUGACGCCAGAGGGACCAGACCAGUGUCUAGUGUUCCCUGACCAUGUCUUGUCUUCUCACCCAUUGAUGUCAUAACCAGUCACCUCUCCUCAAUGUGCUGCUGACUCCAAAAGUGCUUAGUAAUCGCUCCCUAGAACGUUUAGUCUUUCCUUAUUCUCUUCUCUACUCCCCUGUCUGUUCCAUGUUGUGUUUUGAGUUUCUCUUAGGGCUCAACUACAGUCUUGUGGCUGUUUGUUUUACCUUUAAUCCUUAUAAUGGCUCACUAACAGUUUUAUAUCUCUUUAUCCACUCUGUGUCCAGGCAUAUGGGAUUGUAUGGAAGGCUGUGGACAGACAGACAGGAGAAGUUGUGGCUGUAAAGAAAAUAUUUGAUGCCUUCAGGAAUAGGACUGAUGCCCAGGUUUGUGAUUCAUGAUGAGAUUGGUCAUUGACAUAGACUACUAGUUUUGUCUGCCACUAACUAGGUGUAGCUACAACGGUAUAAAAAUGUAUGCACUCACUAACUGUAAGUCGCUCUGGAUAAGAGCAUCUGCUAAAUGACUAAAAUGUAAAAAUGUUAAUAUAUGUUGUGCCAGUUUGUGGGGCGUAACAAAAAAGUCCCUAUUCAACAACCUUGACUAUAUCUAAUUAUCAUUUUAUGGCAAUACUGUAAGAGCCAGGGGUUCUCAAACAACUUGUUUCAUUUUUUUCCGUUAAUGAUUAAAUAGAUUGUUAAUCAAAAUUACUUUGGCCUUUCCUACCUCUUCCCAAUGUUAUUUUUUCUCCACAGCGGACAUUCAGAGAAAUAAUGUUUCUUCAGGUAAGACUGAAUACCUAUUUCAGUUAGCAACAAAUGGGAAGUUGAACUGAGUGCUUCAAUUGUUUGAAAUGGAGGACAACCGCAGCCAGCUACAGUAUAUAGCCAGAGUGGAAUGGUCAUGUUGCUGUGUACACUGGGACUGUGUUUGCAUACCGUAAUGUAAACACCAGAUGGCUCCUGCUCUUCAGGAAGAGUCCUUCAUGCUGAUUAGCCCCUGCCAAGUGUUGAACUGGUGUAUCUACAAUUGUGUAUAACAUAAUCUGGCCAAUUUAGAACCGAAAAUCUCACAUAAACGUAGCCUGUCCACGAGAGAUUAUGCAUAACAAAAUGGACAUUAACAUUUUUAUGGCAUGGUUUUGAAAUGAAUGCAUACAAUAAUAAAUCCCUAUGCUAAAGUCUCAUAGUCUAGACAGAGACAGUUCUGUUUAGUUAUUCUAUAGUUGAGCAGAAGCCUUAGUCCAGGUUCACAGAUACAACCCCUGUACCAUUUUAAAGAGACUACUAACAGUAUUGUGGACAGUUUGCAGUGUGAUUUGGUGCUUAGUUCAUCAUUCAUAGGGUGGCCAUAUAUUCUGACCUACUGAAAGGGGACAGAAAACUGGUCGCACAGAGAAGCAAACAGUGUGGUCAGUUUUUGUACGUUUCCAUCCUCUGCGGCCAGGGAAAACAGGCCAGGGCCUUAAGCUGUGUGUCAGUGUCCAUAAUCAGCUAUUGCCAUCUCCCACAAAAACACUGGCACCACAGUCUAGAGGAUUUACAUAACAACGCAUCUAAACAUUAACCCACACCAACACCACCUAGACUGUUCUUAUGUCACUAUCCCUAAGAAGAUUCUUCCCUUUGUAGUCGUAACAUUUAUUUCACUCAAUUAUGGUGGUCUUUGAGGACUGUGUGUGUGCUUGUUUGUGACGUGUGUGUGUGUGUGCGCGUUUUCUAAACUGUUCUGUAUUUCUCCCUGCAGGAGUUUGGAGAUCAUGCCAACAUCGUCAAACUGCUGAAUGUCAUCAGAGCUCAAAAUGACAAAGAUAUUUACCUGGUCUUUGAAUACAUGGGUGAGGACUCUUAUGUGGAUUAUCUGUUGACAUCCAUUUUUAAUAUUAUUUUGAUUUCACUUGAGGAAUGUGGUAAUAUGUGAGAUGGUAGCACACUGUAUCAUAUAAAAUGGCUAUUUGGUAAUGUGAUGGAACAUUUUAUGUUUGUGCUUUUCUAAUAACCAAUUUCUGUGUUCAUGCAAGUGACUGAUUUGAACGAAUCCUCACUAUCAGUAUCUGCAAUUUGGCAGUACGCCCAGAACCUUGUUUUGAGAACGAAAGGAUAUCUCAGUUUCAAGGUCUCAGCUUGGAGAGAAGAAGCCUCGUGAGGUAUUGGUCUGUCACAUGCAUGAACCAGUAUUGGUCGGUCACAUGCAUGAACCAAAUGUUAAUGAUACCUGUGCUUUGCCACAGUAUUUAUUAUUGGCCACCUAUCCUGUGCUAAAUUUAAUUGGGUCGGCCAUUUUGAAAUAACAGCAAAAAAAAUGCAGGCAGGCAAGCUGCAAGGUUAUUCAGCAGUUUAAACCUGGCACCAGAGGAAAGGGUGAUGGGGAGGGCUCCUCUCCUCUUGGCUGCCUGCUAUGCAUGCUGAGUCUACACAUUGGACUGCUCUCUGUUCUCUGCAGCCUAAUCUCUUAGUGUGUGGGGCCGCAUCACUGCACAUGGUGCCCCUGGCACACACCCACCGUCACACGUGCACACAUUUUUGGGGGCACUGCAGGAGUGCGUAGAUUGUUUAUGGGAAACGUGACACAUCUGGUUUGUCAUUCACUUGACUGCUAAAUUAAUCUUGUGUUUGUGGUUCAUUGUGUGUUUGUGGAAAGGUGUUUUCAAAGUGUCAUUAUUCUAAGGGGGGGGGGGGAAGAAUGAAUGCUCAGUGCUGGACGAUUCCAUUUGGUUAUGAUUCCUGUUGGUUAUUUGUGUUUUUACCAACUGUGUGUUGCAGACACCGACCUGCAUGCAGUGAUAAAGAAAGGCAACCUGCUGAAAGACAUCCAUAAACGCUAUGUCAUGCAUCAACUCCUCAAGGCCACCAAAUACCUGCACUCAGGCAAUGUCAUCCACAGAGACCAGAAGGUACAGUAAAAUGGUUAAAUUGCCAAUGUACUAAAAAGUGUGCUUGUUGAGAAUAUGACAUUAUUGCAUUUGCAGAUGUGCUGGUGCCACCAGUAUGGAUGACGCUAUCCAAUUAUUCUGUUUAUCUGGAGGGAAAACUAUUUGGAUGACAUGAUUGAAUUUGCUUUUCUCUUCCCUCAGCCCUCCAAUAUUCUGCUUGACACGGAUUGCUUUGUGAAGCUUUGUGACUUCGGUUUAGCAAGGUCUCUCUGCCAGAUCCAGGAGGAUGCUGGGAACCCGGCGCUGACAGAGUAUGUGGCGACGCGGUGGUACAGAGCUCCUGAGAUCCUGCUGGGCUCCUCAAGGUACACACACACUGGGAUUACAUGGAGCAGUGCACUGUACGGCCUACUUUUCCCAAGUAACUGAGCCACUCCUUUAGGCUUGAAUUUUUUUUUUUUAUAAUCAAGGGUGAAAUGCACACAUCCAUACAAAACAUAAUCUGGUGUGCAUCAUGUGAUUUUAACCAACUAUGAGCAGGCAAUGCCUACUCAUAAUUGGUUAAAAUCAGAUGUAAUCAGAAACACUUAUCUACUACCAAACAUAGAAAAGUGCCAUUUUCACAUAUGUUGAUGUUGGGGUGGAGCUGGAGAUGAUGAAUAUGAAGUAUAAUUUUUUUUGAAUUUCCCUUUAAUGUAUACAGUGGGGAGAACAAGUAUUUGAUACACUGCCGAUUUUGCAGGUUUUCCUACUUACAAAGCAUGUAGAGGUCUGUAAUUUUUAUCAUAGGUACACUUCAACUGUGAGAGAUGGAAUCUAAAACAAAAAUCCAGAAAAUCACAUUGUAUGAUUUUUAAGUAAUACAUUUGCAUUUUAUUGCAUGACAUAAGUAUUUGAUACAUCAGAAAAGCAGAACUUAAUAUUUGGUACAGAAACCUUUGUUUGCAAUUACAGAGAUCAUACGCUUCCUGUAGGUCUUGACCAGGUUUGCACACACUGCAGCAGGGACUUUGGCCCACUCCUCCAUACAGACCUUCUCCAGAUCCUUCAGGUUUCGGGGCUGUCGCUGGGCAAUACGGACUUUCAGCUCCCUCCAAAGAUGUUCUAUUGGGUUCAGGUCUGGAGACUGGCAAGGCCACUCCAGGACCUUGAGAUGCUUCUUACAGAGCCACUCCUUAGUUGCCCUGGCUGUGUGUUUCGGGUCGUUGUCAUGCUGGAAGACCCAGCCACGACCCAUCUUCAAUGCUCUUACUGAGGGAAGGAGGUUGUUGGCCAAGCUCUCGCGAUACAUGGCCCCAUCCAUCCUCCCCACAAUACAGUGCAGUCGUCCUGUCCCCUUUGCAGAAAAGCAUCCCCAAAGAAUGAUGUUUCCACCUCCAUGCUUCACGGUUGGGAUGGUGUUCUUGGGGUUGUACUCAUCCUUCUUCUUCCUCCAAACACGGCGAGUGGAGUUUAGACCAAAAAGCUCUAUUUUUGUCUCAUCAGACCACAUGACCUUCUCCCAUUCCUCCUCUGGAUCAUCCAGAUGGUCAUUGGCAAACUUCAGACGGGCCUGGACAUGCGCUGGCUUGAGCAGGGGGACUUUGCGUGCGCUGCAGGAUUUUAAUCCAUGACGGCGUAGUGUGUUACUAAUGGUUUUCUUUGAGACUGUGGUCCCAGCUCUCUUCAGGUCAUUGACCAGGUCCUGCCGUGUAGUUCUGGGCUGAUCCCUCACCUUCCUCAUGAUCAUUGAUGCCCCACGAGGUGAGAUCUUGCAUGGAGCCCCAGAUCGAGGGUGAUUGACCGUCAUCUUGAACUUCUUCCAUUUUCUAAUAAUUCCGCCAACAGUUGUUGCCUUCUCACCAAGCUGCUUGCCUAUUGCCCUGUAGCCCAUCCCAGCCUUGUGCAGGUCUACAAUUUACUUACACAGCUCUCUGGUCUUGGCCAUUGUGGAGAGGUUGGCGUCUGUUUGAUUGAGUGUGUGGACAGGUGUCUUUUAUACAGGUAACGAGUUCAAACAGGUGCAGUUAAUACAGGUAAUGAGUGGAGAACAGGAGGGCUUCUUAAAGAAAAACUAACAGGUCUGUGAGAGACGGAAUUCUUACUGGUUGGUAGGUGAUCAAAUACUUAUGUCAUGCAAUAAAAUGCAAAUUAAUUACUUAAAAAUCAUACAAUGUGAUUUUCUGGAUUUUUGUUUUAGAUUCCGUCUCUCACAGUUGAAGUGUACCUAUGAUACAAAUUACAGACCUCUACAUGCUUUGUAAGUAGGAAAACCUGCAAAAUCGGCAGUGUAUCAAAUACUUGUUCUCCCCACUGUAUGUGUAUCGCUCUCUGUUUGCCAUAGAAAAUUAUGUGGGUUGAGCGUGAGAAAUGCACUCUACAAAUUUAUUAUUAUUAUACGUUUGUAAUGUUAAAAUUAGUUGCCCUUUUGCUAGAUCAAUGUACUUGAUGUGAAGGUAAGUAGUAGGCUACUACUACUAGUAGCCAUGCAGAAACCUGCAUAUUGGAAGUCAGUCCAUGAAAAUCCUUUGAUUUCUUCUACAGAUACACAAAGGGGGUGGACAUGUGGAGCAUAGGUUGUAUCCUAGGAGAGAUGCUACUUGGGCAGCCCCUUUUCCCUGGAACCUCCACCAUCAACCAGAUAGAGAAAAUCAUGAGUGCCAUUCCACACCCCAGCCCAGAGGGUGAGUGUUAAGUCGUCGCUGCGGGGUUCACAGAUCAUUGCUAGCGUGCUAUUUGCUUGUUGAGCACUAGUAGUGAGAAUCAAGUUGUUAUGCUCCUAACUGACCAAGUUAACUGACCAACUGAUCAUUACCUAAGUAAUGAUAUGUGAUUUUGUUUUCAGACGUACUUUCCAUCAGAUCCGAGUAUGGUGCCUCUGUGAUUCAGAGGAUGCUACUGAAGUAAGUCAUAGCGGAAAUCUACUGGGUCCUACAGAAGUAAAUGUCUAUAUAAAGGUGCAGAGUCAGCUGUCUAGACAUGUAUUCACUGCGCUGCACUGUCUGUAUUUGUCUGUGUCCAGGCCCCAGGUGCCUCUAGAGGAUCUUCUGCAGCCGUCGGUGCCCCCGGAUGCCCUAGACCUGGUGCGUCGCCUACUGGUGUUCAACCCAGACAAGAGGCUGACCGCUGAGCAGGCCCUGCAGCACCUCUACGUCUCCAGGUACCUUAGAAAUCAAAUCAAACUUCAUUUAUACAGCACAUCUCAUACAUUAAAAUGCAGUGCAAUGUGCUUUAUAGGAGCUUUAUAUAGGCUUUUGUGCUCCAGUACCAGGAUCCAUUUCAUACAUGGUUAUCAAUCAUGUCCAGUCAAAUGUGUUUUAUAAAGUCAUUUUUAAAUCGGCAGUUGUCACAAGGCACUUUAGAGUAACCCAGCCUAGAACCCAAAGAGCAAGCAAAGCUGUUUGAUGACAUAAUGCUUGAAUCCUCUUGUGAUGCCAAUACUGAUAAUUUCUGUUGUAAACAAAGGGUUUAAGUUUACGCCUGUUAGUAUAUACAGUAUAUAGGGUGCAUCCCAAAUGGCACCCUGUUCCCUACCACUACUUUUGACCAGGCUCCCUAUAUUGGGAAUAGAGUGCCGUUUGGGACGCUGCCGAAGUGUUUUCUGUUUUGUUUGUUUAUGUUACUGAGUAGCGCGAGUUGUCCCGUCUGUAUGCAUGGCUUGGAUUUAACAAUGUAUCAUCUAUUUGUGUUAUGUUAUGUAAUCUUUGCGUUUUUCCUCUUCAUGUCACUGGAGAUUCCACAACCCAGCCAAGGAGCCAGGUCUGGACUCUGACGUGAUCCUGCCUGUGGAUGAUGAUGUCCAGUUGUCGGUGGUUCAGUACCGCAACAAACUGUAUGAGGUAAUACUGAGGGGAGGGAGAAUGAUGAACACCUGUCUCAUGUUCUGUGUUUGGUUGGCUUAGGCUGGACCAUUACUGCCAAGUUUUUAACAGUAACUAAUAAAUUGUUCAACUAAGUUCUUUCAGGGCAUUAUGACAUACAGUGAGGGAAAAAAGUAUUUGAUCCCAUGCUGAUUUUGUAUGUUUGCCCACUGACAAAGAAAUGAUCAGUCUAUAAUUUUAAUGGUAGGUUUAUUUGAACAGUGAGAGACAGAAUAACAACAAAAAAAUCCAGAAAAACGCAUGGUGAGGAUGGUGUUCUUGGGGUCAUAGGCAGCAUUCCUCCUCCUCCAAACACGGCGAGUUGAGUUGAUGCCAAAGAGCUCGAUUUUGGUCUCAUCUGACCACAACACUUUCACCCAGUUCUCCUCUGAAUCAUUCAGAUGUUCAUUGGCAAACUUCAGACGGGCCUGUAUAUGUGCUUUCUUGAGCAGGGGGACCUUGCGGGCGCUGCAGGAUUUCAGUCCUUCACUGCGUAGUGUGUUACCAAUUGUUUUCUUGGUGACUAUGGUCCCAGCUGCCUUGAGAUCAUUGACAAGUUCCUCCCGUGUAGUUCUGGGCUGAUUCCUCACCGUUCUCAUGAUCAUUGCAACUCCAUGAGGUGAGAUCUAGCAUAGAGCCCCAGGCCGAGGGAGAUUGACAGUUCUUUUGUGUUUCUUCCAUUUGCGAAUAAUCGCACCAACUGUUGUCACCUUCUCACCAAGCUGCUUGGCGAUGGUCUUGUAGCCCAUUCCAGCCUUGUGUAGAUCUACAAUCUUGUCCCUGACAUCCUUGGAGAGCUCUUUGGUCUUGGCCAUGGUGGAGAGUUUGGAAUCUGAAUGAUUGAUUGCUUCUGUGGACAGGUAUCUUUUUAUACAGGUAACAAACUGAGAUUAGGAGCACUCCCUUUAAGAGUGUGCGCCUAAUCUCUGUUCGUUACCUGUAUAAAAGACACCUGGGAGCCAGAAAUCUUUCUGAUUUAGAGGGGGUCAAAUACUUAUUUCCCUCAUUAAAAUGCAAAUCAAUUUAUUAAAAAAAUUACAUGCGUUUUUCAGGAUUUCUUUGUUGUUAUUCUGUCUCUCACUGUUCAAAUAAAUCUACCAUUAAAAUUAUACUCUGAUCAUUUCUUUGUCAGUGGGCAAACGUACAAAAUCAGCAGGGGAUCAAAUACUUUUUUCCCUCACUGUAUAUAUUUAUAUUUUUGUAACGAAUGGAAAAAAGGCACAAUAUCUAUAAGGAGUUUUAUCCCUCCCUCUCUUAUAUCUGUCCUGUGAAAAAGAUGAUUCUAGAGAAGAGGACCACAAGGAGAAUGCCACGUCAUGUCCAGCCCAGGCCGAGGAAGAAAGAGGAGCCUGUCUCUAGGUCUGGGUCUGGGUGUGACAGUGGAGACUACGGGAGGGAAAGUCCCACUGGGAAGGACAAUGGAGGGCCGGAGCCAGUCCCAGUGGCUGGUGAUGGUGGAGGGGACCUUGGGGUUAAAUCCCCUCAUGAUAAGACAGAACACCAGGCUGCUCGUCCAGUUAUCACUGUACCUACCCCAGUACCUGUGUCCACCCAGCCAGCCCUGGAGAGGACCAGCCCUGCAGCUAGCCCCAUCAUGGGAAAGACUACAUAUAAUCCCAUCACACAUGUUGCCAGUGAGUACACUAACACACAAAAUAGCACAAUUGGUUAGGAGCCCGUAAAAUGGUAGCCAUCCCCUCCGGGCUUGUAAGUAAGCAUUUCACGGUAUUUGGCACGUGACAAAUACAAUUUGAGUUGAUUUGGUCCCCCACAUUCACACACACCUUCAUACUUCAUACACACAGACACAUACUUUGUCAUGGUAUUUAUCUUAUCUUUCUCUCAUGUAGAUGGGUAUGUUAGAAGUCUGGCUGGACCACCUCACUAUUUUCGCUCCGGUACUGCCAGCAGGAAACUGGAGGGACAGAUGAGUAAUGAAAAUGUAACCGUACCGCCAGCAGAGGGUGCUAAUGACACUGUUGUAAGUACCACGGCAAUAGGGAAAUUCUCAGGUCCCAGGAAUGAGUUUAGUUACAACAGAUUAAAUUGAUCAUGUUUAAUACAAGCUGCAACAAGGGAACAAUAAUCAGCAACAAAUCAAAAAGAUUGUUGCAGAAUAAAUUACCCAGCUUAUGCCUCCAUAACUUGCUACAUUUGCACACACUGUAUAUAUAUUUUCUGUUGUAUUUUUUGACUUUGUUUUCUUACCCCAUAUGUAACUCUGUGUUGUUUUUAUCGCACUGCUUUGCUUUAUCUUGGCCAGGUCGCAGUUGUAAAUGAGAACUUGUUCUCAACUGGCUUACCUGUUUAAAUAAAGGUUAAAUAAAAUAAAUAAAUAAAAUGAUAUCCUCUUAAGAUACAUGAUAUAAUGCAAUACCUAUGUGUGUACCGUAUGUGUUUGUGCAAAUAAUCAGUGUGUCCUCGAUCCUUGUACUAGGACCUUCAGUGAUUAGUUGCAGCGUCACUUGUUAAUAGCAGAAUACAAUGGAAAGGAUUAAACUACACACAAUUCAGACUGAGGUCUAGCAACCUUCAGCGGACACCUUGAAUAUCUAAAAUACAGAUGACUGGAUAGACAAGCAUGUUUAGUCAUUUUACAUUUUAGUCAUUUUAGCAGACGCUCUUAUCCAGAGCGACUUACAGUUAGUGAGUGCAUACAUUUUCAUACUGGCCCCCCGUGGGAAAUGAACCCACAACCCUGGCGUUGCAAGCGCCAUGCUCUACCAACUGAGCUACAGGGGACUAGUCAUAUGUAUUACAGACAGACUAUAUUUAUGAAACAUUGUGUUGAUGAUCACAACGCAGCACAAGUUAUUUUCAGUGUCCAGUGAAAAAUAUACAAUGCAUGGGGGGGAAAAGAUCUGUAAUAAUGUCUCUCUCUGUGUCUUUCUCUCGCUCUCUCUCUCUCUCUCCCCAUCUGCCAGUCUAUGGAGCAGAUUCUGCAGCGCGGUCGCUCAGCCCCUGUCAGCCGUACCCGUUCCUUCUCCCUGACCCUCUCCCAGCCCCAGAACAACCCGCUGGUCCGCAGAGACGAGCCUUCAGUGUCCUCAGGGAUAUGUGUCACCUCUGCACGCCUGGUGAGUGGACUUUGCCUUGCUACUUUAACAAGGUCAUAUGAUCUCAUAUACUGUUGCUGCUGCCACUAUUAAGGUUUUAUGGUAAUGCCAUACAUAAAUCAUAUUUUAUGUCAUUUUCCACUGUUUCAUUAUCACCCUGUUGGGAACAGGGAACUCAGCUGCUGUGCAAUGAAUCCUACUACUUCUUGUUAUUGGACCCAUAUUUACCCUCAUAACAUUUUGAAAUCUCCCCCUCUAACCCAAAUGUUCUUCCUUUUGGGGGGUAAAUAUAGAACCAGAGGUCCCAGUCUCAGACACGAGAGGCACGGCCCCCUCCUCCCAGGUUCAGUAAGAAGGUUUUCCAGAGUAACGCCAACGUGGCGGCUGCCGGGGAUCCCCGUGCCAAACUAGGCAGCUACUCUCAGGCUUACGGCACCAUCAACAAGACACAACUGGACAACCUUAUGAGGAGUCGACACCACCAGUAACCACCACACUAUGCUGGAUGUAUGGGACACUGUCUGACAUCAGAUGGGGCAAGAGACAAGGGGACAGGGAACAGGGAGAUGAAGGCUAGUGGAAUGUUUGGAGAGGAAAAUAUUAUUGCAAGACAUAAGAUUUCAGCAGUACAGAUUGAAGUAACAAUGUAGACAUGGAAAUCCAAGGAGUAAAGGUGGCAAUGAUUUAAUGCUGCCAAUUUAACCCCAUUUUCUAUGUGAAAUAAUGUUGUGCUGGGUAAUGGGGACUAUGGACCCUUAGUUUAAUGUAACUAAAUGUGCAAGGGUUUUACUGUGAAAUGCUUUAUACUAGAGGGCACAAGACCUAGCAGUGUAAAUAUAUGUUGAGUCAGGCAAUACAUUUCUAAAACAGAACAUUUCUAAUGUUAUGUGUAAUAAGUAAAUAACUAUUUUAGUCAUUUCCUAGCAAGCAAAUUCAAUAUACUUUAUUGCAAAAUGGUGCUUCCAACACAGCAAAAUAAAUGUUGACAGUGUAUGUAUGUAAAGCAAACCUGUGGUUUCAUAUUAAAAAGAAGAC